UGGAAAAUGCCCCCAGAAGUCUUGAAUCCAGAAUUACAGAGAACAAAGGUUACAGACUUAAGCUUCAUAAUACAAUCCUUCAGACUAUCAAGAGCCAAGAAGUCAAUCAUACAAAAUGUUUAAUAACCAGAACAAGUUGGAUAAUGCAACUUUGGACAUGCUCAGGAACCCAGCUAUUCAGACCAUUUUGCCAAUUGUGUACUCUUUAAUAGCUCUCAUCAGCAUUCCUGGAAAUAUUUUCUCCCUGUGGGUCCUCUUCCUUCACAUCAAGCCCAAAACGAGAUCAGUCAUCUUCAUGAUCAACCUUAGCAUUACAGAUCUUGCACUGGCUUGCUGUUUUCCCUUCCAAAUUAUCUAUCACCUUUAUGGGAAUCACUGGUUCUACGGCAGGCACCUGUGUAGCUUCGUCACAGUGAUGUUUUAUGCAAACAUGUAUUGCUCCAUCGUUACAAUGACCUGCAUCAGUUUCGAGCGCUACUUGGGAGUGGUCUACCCAAUGAGUUCCAAAAAAUGGAGUGGAAAGUUUUGUGCCAUUGUAGGCUGCUUUGUAAUGUGGUUCUUUGUACUGUUGGCCCUGGUACCACUAGCAAAGACAGACCUGACUUACGAAGUGAAAGAACUGAAUAUUACAACUUGCUUUGAUGUCCUUAAAUGGAACAUGCUUCCCAAUCUUACUGCAUGGGGAUUUUUCCUGCUGAUGCCGUUUUUCUUCUUCUUCUUGAUCCCAUUCACAGUGACGGUAGCCUGCUACAUAAAGAUCAUCAGGAAGCUCAUCCAGGCUUCCAACAGAUACGGCAAUGGGCAGAAGAGCCGGGCAGUCUACUUAGCUAUCCUUGUCCUCUUGGUUUUCAUCAUUUGCUUUGCUCCCAACAACUUUAUCCUGCUGGUGCACAUCGUCAGCCGUCUUAAUGGGAAUGAGGGUUAUUACCACAUUUACAAACUCACCUUGUGUCUCAGUUGCCUCAACAACUGCAUAGAUCCUUUCAUUUACUAUUUCGCGUCGAAAGAGUUUUAUCAGAAGUUCAUGAUGGUGGUAGGUCGGAGGGCAAGUGACAGUAUGGAGACCAGAAGGGAAAGUGUGUUCUCUGCAAGGACAUCAGCAAGAACAAUGUCUAGUGGACAAAUGGAAGGGCCCGAGGCACUUAGACCCUGUUUGCAAAGACAUGAAAGUGUUUUUUAACACCAGUGAGAAGAGCAUGCACCAGGGCAACGUCACCCAAUCUGAUGCCCUCCAGAUGUUUUGGACUUCAAUCCCCAUCAGCUCCAACCAGCAUGGCCAAUGGUCAGGAAUGCUGGGAAGUGUAGUCCAAAAGUCUGGGGAGUAUCAGUUUGGGAAAAACUGCACAUGUGUCUAUAUUAUCUAGGAUAUACAUUUUAUGAGAAGAGCAGUUGGGGAGGGAAUGGGCAUUUGGAAUUUCCCUUCCUGAGAUUGUAGCAUUGUUUAUGGCCUCAGAGGGAGAAUGGUUCCAUGGUCCCUGGGAUGUCUUCCUAGGAAGAUGGGAUCCUCUCUAAAUUUUAUAAACUAUUAAUGAAAAUAAAAACAUCCUAUACCGACUUACCUGGCAGUAAGCUCCAUAGAACUCAAUCAGGCCUACAUCUAAGUAAACAUAUAUAAGAUUGCACUGUUAUUUAACUCUCUUAAAGAAAAUAACUGUGAGAUUAUUCCCAAAACUGACUUUUCCUGUCAUACCAAAUAAUGCUAUUGGCAUUGUGCUAGACGUCAUUUACGAUAGCACCCUGUAAUUUACUUUAAUGGAGGUGUCAAGUAGGAUACUGCCCUAUGAAUGUACAAUGUUGGGAUUUUCUUUUUGUUUGACUUUUGGUUUACCUUAUGUUAUGAUGCGUAUGUUUGUUUGUUUUUUAUUAAAACAACAGUCCACUGUAGUGAAAAACUUUAGAUAUUGAUAUUAAUUUGUUAAGUCCUAAGCAAAUGUAUAUAUGGGAAAUAUAUAGGAUAUAGUAAUAAUGCAUUGAACCAAAAUGACACAAAUGAGAAAGUUUCAUUGCUUGUUAGUGAAUCAUAUACCAACACAAACAGAAUCUGUUGCUGUUUUUAAAUAAAGUAUCUCAAAAGGUG